CCUAAAGCCCCCCGAGAAACCUAACCCGUACCCUCAGCAAACCACGAACGCCUCAGGAUCCCCCUCCGCUUCUCCCCGCAGCCAGCGCGGGCUCUCCCCGCGGCGGGGCCGCUCCGCUCCUCCCCGGGUCAGCUGACGGCGGCGGCGGUCCCGUCAUGGCCGCCCGGAGCGGCGCGGCUGAGGCGGUGGUGUUGCUUCUCCUCUGGUUCGCAGCCCUGGAAGGAGCAGCGGGCUCGGAGCCGCCGCCCAAGUGCGAGGAGCUGCGGCUGGGGCAAUAUAUGUGUGAUGAGCCUAAAAUAGACAAUAGCACACAAGAACCAAUGAAUUGCACAAAUCACACAGCAUAUGUUCAAUGUCUGCCAGCACCAAAUAUUACUUGCAGAGAUCACCUUGGCAUAGAGAGAGUCUUCACGGGACACGAAGUUGGAUUUUACAAGCCCAUUGAGUGUCGCAAUGUAAAUGGAUACUCCUACAAAGUUGCAGUGGCUCUGUCCUUAUUUCUUGGAUGGUUGGGAGCAGAUAGAUUUUAUCUAGGAUAUCCUGCAUUAGGUUUGUUAAAGUUCUGCACUGUAGGGUUUUGUGGAAUUGGGAGCCUAAUUGAUUUCAUAUUUAUUUCAAUGCAGAUCGUUGGCCCCUCCGACGGCUCCAGCUACAUCAUCGAUUAUUACGGGGCCAGGCUGACCCGGCUCACCAUCACCAACACAACCUUCAGGAAAAUGCAGACUUAUCCCUAAUUUCCCUGCCUGUGGCAGGGAGUGGCACAAAUCCAUAGGUGCAGCUUGUUUGGAUCCAGAGGUCCUCUGGAAUUGCCGGGGAUUUCCUGCUCAGCCCUCGUCAGAAAUGCACGGUGAACGGAGAUGAUGAAAUGGGGAAGCUCCUCACGUGAACAAGUUCACCUCAAAGGAGGAACUUUGGGACUGCUCUGUUUCUGGGAGCAGUUUGUUGCUGAGUUACAUCAUCUGUGAAAGGUGCAGACUGUUGCAGUGUGCACUGAUGUGUCUGUGUCAUUUAGAGCUGCAGAGAGAGUUGUUGAUAAUAAAUACGUUGAUAUUUAUUGAAAUUGAUAAGAGUUUUAGCAUGGAUGGGCCAGGAUUGCACUUGAGGGUCUGUCCAUGUGGCAGUUUGGAAACUAACUUAAAUAUCCCCAACCACACAAACUGCCUUUUUUCCCAUUCUCUUAAAACCCAAAGAGCCCUAAACCUUGGGCUGGUGUAACUUGUGAAAUUCUGUUAAUUCAAACAAUUAUUUCUUUAAAUUUUAGUCAAGUUGCAAAAUUUGGUCAAUGCUGAUCAAUAGUAAUAUAAAUAGUAAAACUGUAGGUGACACAUCACAAAAAAGGAGAGUGGAUGUUGCCGUGCCCUAAGGUUAGAAAAAGAAAUAAUUGUUCUGCUUAUUUUGAUUUUGUUUUCUUUUCUCUCUUGCAACCAUCCAUAGUGAAAUAAAUACUUUUUUUUCUGAAAGUAAA